AUGACCGACUCGAUUCUUGCGCUUCUCAUGUGCGCCACCCGUUCCGUCUACUCGUGGGAUAUUAUCAUCACCAAGACUGCCGAUGGCAAGGUCUUCUUCGACAAGCGCGAUGGUGGUCCUUUCGACUAUCUCACCGUCAACGAGAACGCCGCCGACCCGCCCAGCGAGGCUCCCGAGGGCAAGGAGAACGAAGCCGCCGCCAAGGCCAACGCACUCAACACCCCUUCGGCACUCAGCCUCGAGGCAACCUACGUCAACCAGAACUUCGCCUUCCAGGUCGUCAACGAGAAGAACGUCUACAAGCUCGAGCACGAGAACCCCUUCUACUCUCCUGACGAGACCGACCCCUUGGCGUCGUGCGCCUACCGAUACCGCAAGUUCAACCUGUCUUCCGAAGAGUCGGACCCGGUCGAGCUGGUCGUGCGUGCCGAAAUCGACGCCUAUACCACAGGCGCAUCUAAGGAGAAGCAGCUCAUCACCAUCAAGUCGCUCAACGAGUUCGACUCGCGCGCCCAGGGUGCCGGAGGCGCCCAGGACUGGCGCUCCAAGCUUGACUCGCAGCGCGGUGCCGUAGUGGCCACCGAGAUGAAGAACAACUCGUUCAAGCUCGCCCGAUUCGCCGUGCAGUCGCUCCUCGCCGGUGCAGACAGCAUGAAGCUGGGCUACAUCUCGCGUGCCAACCCCAAGGACGCUUCGCGCCACACCAUCCUGGGCACUUCGUGGCUCAAGCCGCGCGAGCUCGCCGGCCAGAUGGCCGUCAACCUCAGCAACGGUUGGGGUAUCGUCCGCACCAUCGCCGACCUCGCCCGCAAAGCUGACGAGGGCAAAUACGUCUUGCUCAAGGACCCCAACAAGCAGACCAUCCGCAUGUACCGCGUCCCCGCCAACUUCGGCGAGGAGACCGAUGACCUGGUCAACGAAGAAGAGGCCGACGACCAGAUCGACGCUUGA